UGCAACCAUCGAAAAACCCUAGUUUCCACUACCGGAGCAGCCGCAGAGUCCUUCUCAGCACGACAACAUCUCGACAAUGGCGGAAGUGGAGGUUGAUGUAGCGGCAGCCGGAGUGCCGAAGAAGAGGACGUUCAAGAAGUUCAGUUUCAGAGGAGUUGAUUUGGAUGCUUUGCUUGAUAUGUCAACUGAUGAGCUUGUAAAGCUUUUCACUGCUCGUGCUCGCAGAAGGUUUCAGAGAGGUUUGAAGAGGAAGCCCAUGGCUUUGAUUAAGAAGCUUCGCAAAGCUAAACGUGAGGCACCAGCUGGAGAAAAGCCAGAGCUUGUGAAAACCCAUUUGAGGAACAUGAUCAUUGUCCCUGAAAUGAUCGGAAGUGUUGUUGGUGUUUACAAUGGAAAGACUUUCAAUCAGAUUGAAAUUAAGCCUGAGAUGAUUGGACACUAUCUUGCUGAAUUCUCCAUUUCAUACAAACCAGUUAAGCAUGGAAGACCAGGUAUUGGUGCUACUCACUCUUCCAGGUUUAUCCCAUUGAAGUGAGGGGAUGAGGGGAUGAUGUUAAGCAGUGUUUUGGUUUCCUCAACAUUUAUUAUAUGUUUUGUUAUGUUUUUGUUUUUGUUUAAGUUUUGUGAUACUUCUUUGAUCUUAAUUAAGUUUUGAAGGUAGAUUGAUACAUUGGAAAAAUGGCAAUUUUAUGAAUCGUUUGGUUGUUGCUUUA